AUUCUAUAAUUUUUUCUUCUUCAUAUUCUUCAUAUUUUUUCAUAUUCCGUAUAUGCGAAUCUAUUUUUUGUUUAAAUUAAAACGUAGCAUUAAAUGAUAUAAAUAGAGAGUUAUUUUACGUUCCAACCUUUUCCCAUCAACCAUGGCCGCUCCACCGGUUUCCGACGAUAUUACCUUAGAAGGCAUAAAAAACGAGGCUGUUGAUCUCGAAAGAAUACCGAUAGAAGAAGUGUUUGCGCAACUCAGGUGUACGAGAGAAGGGUUAUCGUGCGAUGAAGGUCAGAAGAGGUUACGGAUUUUUGGCCCUAAUAAACUUGAAGAGAAAAAGGAAAGCAAGUUUCUGAAAUUUUUAGGGUUUAUGUGGAACCCGCUUUCAUGGGUUAUGGAAAUUGCUGCUAUUAUGGCUAUUGCUUUAGCCAAUGGAGGGGGUAAACCACCAGAUUGGCAAGAUUUUAUUGGUAUUGUUGUGUUGCUUUUGAUAAACUCAACUAUUAGUUUCAUUGAAGAGAACAAUGCUGGUAAUGCUGCUGCUGCUCUCAUGGCUGGUCUAGCUCCUAAAACCAAGGUAUUGAGAGAUGGAACGUGGACUGAACAAGAGGCAGCUAUUCUAGUACCAGGUGAUGUGAUCAGCAUUAAACUAGGAGACAUUAUCCCAGCAGAUGCUCGUUUACUUGAAGGAGACCCUUUAAAGAUUGACCAGUCUGCUCUCACCGGUGAGUCCUUACCAGUGACCAGGCACCCCGGUCAAGAGGUCUUCUCAGGCUCUACUUGCAAACAAGGUGAACUUGAGGCUGUUGUGAUUGCCACUGGUGUGCACACUUUCUUUGGCAAAGCUGCUCAUCUUGUCGAUAGCACGAACCAAGUUGGCCAUUUUCAGAAGGUUCUGACGGCUAUUGGAAACUUCUGUAUCUGCUCCAUUGCUUUGGGAAUGGUCAUAGAGAUCAUUGUUAUGUACCCCAUUCAGCGUCGUAGAUACCGUGAUGGUAUUGAUAAUCUGCUGGUGCUUCUCAUUGGAGGAAUUCCUAUUGCUAUGCCAACAGUUUUAUCUGUUACAAUGGCUAUUGGCUCGCAUAGGCUUUCAGAGCAAGGUGCUAUUACCAAGAGGAUGACGGCUAUCGAAGAAAUGGCUGGAAUGGAUGUGUUGUGUAGUGAUAAAACUGGAACUCUUACUCUUAAUAAACUUACUGUCGAUAAGUCGUUGAUUGAGGUAUUUGUGAAGGAUGUGGACAAAGAUACUUUGAUUUUGUAUGGUGCUAUGGCUUCCAGGGUUGAGAAUCAGGAUGCUAUUGAUGCUUGUAUUGUUGGGAUGUUAAGUGAUCCGAAAGAGGCAAGAGCAGACAUCACUGAGGUACAUUUUCUGCCAUUUAACCCAGUGGAGAAGCGCACUGCUAUAACAUACAUAGACUCAGCUGGUAACUGGCAUAGAGUCAGCAAAGGAGCACCUGAGCAGAUUAUUGAACUGUCCAACCUGAGGGAAGAUGCAAAAAAGAAAGCUCAUGACAUCAUCGAUAAAUUCGCUGAUCGCGGACUUCGCUCUCUAGCUGUUUGUCGACAGACUGUACCAGAGAAAACCAAGGAAAGCCCUGGAAGUCCAUGGCAAUUCGUAGGUCUCUUGCCUCUUUUCGAUCCUCCAAGGCAUGACAGUGCUGAGACAAUUACCCGUGCCCUCAAUCUAGGAGUUAAUGUCAAGAUGAUCACUGGUGAUCAGCUUGCUAUCGGCAAAGAAACUGGUCGCAGGCUUGGUAUGGGAACCAACAUGUACCCUUCUUCUGCUCUCCUUGGACAGCACAAGGAUGAGUCUAUUUCCGCCAUCCCUGUCGAUGAACUUAUUGAAAAGGCGGAUGGAUUUGCCGGUGUCUUCCCCGAGCACAAAUACGAGAUUGUCAAGAGGCUUCAAGAUAGGAAACACAUUUGCGGAAUGACAGGAGAUGGUGUGAAUGAUGCUCCAGCAUUGAAAAAGGCCGACAUUGGAAUUGCAGUAGCUGAUGCUACAGACGCAGCUCGUGGCGCGUCUGAUAUAGUCCUGACGGAGCCAGGGUUGAGCGUUAUCAUUAGUGCUGUCCUGACAAGCAGAGCCAUUUUCCAGAGAAUGAAGAACUACACUAUUUAUGCAGUUUCUAUAACCAUCCGUAUUGUGUUGGGAUUUAUGCUCCUUGCUCUGAUAUGGAAAUUUGAUUUCUCUCCUUUUAUGGUUCUGAUCAUUGCUAUACUCAAUGAUGGAACAAUUAUGACUAUUUCAAAAGACAGAGUGAAGCCAUCCCCUCUUCCUGAUUCAUGGAAACUCAACGAGAUUUUCGCCACUGGAGUUGUCCUCGGUGCAUACCUCGCUAUCAUGACUGUUGUAUUCUUCUGGGCCGCUAACAGUUCUGACUUCUUCUCGGAAAAGUUUGGAGUUAGAUCUAUUAGAGAGAAACAUGAUGAGCUUACCGCUGCAAUCUACCUCCAAGUGAGCAUAGUGAGUCAGGCACUCAUCUUUGUCACUAGGUCCCGUAGCUGGUCUUUCGUUGAACGUCCCGGUCUGCUUCUUCUCACCGCCUUUAUCAUUGCCCAACUGAUUGCUACGCUUCUUGCUGUGUACGCCAACUGGGCGUUCGCAAAAAUUCAAGGCGUUGGAUGGGGAUGGGCUGGUGUUAUUUGGCUCUACAGCAUCGUCUUCUACAUCCCUCUUGAUAUUCUUAAGUUCAUGAUCCGAUAUGCUUUGAGCGGCAAAGCAUGGGACAAUCUUGUCCAGAAUAAGACUGCUUUCACAAAUAAAAAGGAUUACGGAAAGGGAGAAAGGGAAGCACAGUGGGCAGCUGCUCAACGUACCCUCCACGGACUGCAGCCUCCUGAAACUGGAGACACUUACCGGGAACUGUCUGAGAUUGCUGAGCAAGCCAAGAGGCGCGCAGAAGUUGCAAGGUUAAGGGAGCUUCAUACACUCAAGGGGCAUGUGGAGUCAGUGGUGAAACUCAAGGGACUUGACAUUGAGACCAUUCAACAGCAUUAUACUGUGUGAUUUAGUUACUGCAAAUAAAAUAUUUGCAAGGAAAUUUUGAGCCAAAAGACAAGAAAAAAAGUAAUUUAGAUUUAUGAGAACUAACUAGAAUGCAUUAUUUUUUUUUUAAUUUGAAAUCCUUUGUUUUUUAGUUUGAGGAUUUUGUAGGAUGCAACAAUUCAAGGGUUGGGAAUAAAACAUGUGAAGAUUGAUUGUCUUAAUUGAACAAUCCUUUUGUUGAUAAAAAGAAAUAAUUUCUUUGUCUUUGUA